AUGGUUGGGAAAUAUUAUAUCCAGAACGGCACCGUCGUCUCCGUCGACCCAUCCAUCGGCGUCGUGCACAACUGUGACGUCCUCAUCUCGGACCACACCAUUACGGACGUGGGUCCCAACUUGUCGGCCAAAGCGACGCCCGAGCACGUCGUCAUUGACGCCACCAACGCGAUCAUCUCCCCGGGCUUCAUCGACACGCAUCGCCACACGUGGCAGACCCAGCUCCGUACCGUCACUUCGGAUCAUGUCCUGUCGCAAUAUUUCCUGUACAUUCGCAGCAUCUAUGGCUCGUGCUAUGAUGUCAACGACGCGUACCUGGGCAAUUACUGCGGCGCGCUCGAGAGCAUCGACAAUGGCAUCACGUUUCUGAUCGACCAUAGCCACAUCAUGAAUAGUCCCGAGCACGCAGACGCGGCGAUCAAGGGCCUUAGGGACGCCAACAUCAGAGGCGUCUUCUGCUACGGACUGUACGCCAACCCGCCCUGGCCGGGCAGUGUGAUGAAUUUGGACCGCGAAAUGAACACCCCGGAAUGGAGAUUCGAGGACGCCAAACGUGUGAGGGCCACGCAUUUCAAAGAGAAGCAGGAUGCGACGGAUCUGUUGCGUUUUGGCUUUGCGCCCGCGGAGAUCGAACGCCACGGCAUCGACGAGGCGGCGAAGGAGGUUGCCUUCGGGCGCGCCCUCGGCGCGGCCGUGAUCACGGGACACAUUGCCAUGGAUCAAUACGACCGGGGAUUGCACCUCGUGCGACACUUCGAGCAGCGCAAUUUGCUCGGUCCGGAUCUUCUGUUCAGCCACGCCGCUGGGCUGCACGAUGAUGAACUCGAGGCCGUGGCCCGCAGGGGCGUAUCCCUGUCGAGCACCCCGGACACGGAGCUGCAGAUGGGCAUGGGCCAUCCGGUCGCGUUCCGGGCCCAGAAGAAAGGCUGCACGGCAAGCCUGGGCUGUGAUGUCGUGUGCAACAACCCGGCUGAUAUGUUUCAGCAGAUGCGCCUCCUGCUGCAGACGCAACGGCAUCUGGAACAUCACGAGUUGCCAGGAGGCGGGCCGCCGUUGAACAUUUCCAGAAGAUGUGAGGAGAUUUUGGAGAUGGCGACAAUGGGUGGAGCAAGGGCUGUCGGUUUGAAGGAUGUAGUGGGGAGUAUUUCGCCGGGAAAGAGGGCGGACGUGCUCAUCACGAGGUGCGAUUCCACGAGGUUGGCGCCUGUGCUUGACCCGGUUGCGGCACUGGUGUUGUAUGCCAAUGCCAGUGACAUUGACACCGUGUUGAUUGAUGGGGAGGUGGUUAAGCAAGAUGGGAGAUUGGCAGGUGUCGACUGGCCGAAAGUGAGGGACGAGUUGAGGCGGUCCACGCGAGAUAUUUUUGAGAGGUCGAAGAAGGCGCCGUUUGAGCAGAUCAAGGCCGAGGUUGACAAAAUUGCGAGCCAUUUCGCAGGGGUGAAGUUGUAG